GACUGGACCGUGCCGGCAGAUGGGGUUGACACCAAAGGAUUUUGGAACAGUCAUGGAGGCGUGUGGAUGGCAAUCCCUCAUCAGUUACGAUAUUCGUGUGUGAUGAGGAUCCAUUGUAUUUUCCCUCUACUACGGGCAGAUGUGGCUAUGAGUCCAAUGGGCCAGAUGGUUGUUUUGUCUUUCCCUAGUGCCUGCCAAAAUAUGCCAACAUUAACUUGGCUAGGUCUUCUUUUGUGUCGGACGUGUCUCCAACUCGGAGUCUUUCAGCCAAUGACGGCUCUUUUUUCAUGACCACCAGCGGUUCCCUGGUGGUUAAUCGAUGCUCAAAACUAGGGAGCCUGAACCAAGCCGACCACAUCGAGCAGCUCCCGUCCACAGGCGUCGCGAGCGCUCUUGCAACAAGGCCUUGAAAGUGAUCUGCUUUCCUUGUCAGAGGAACAACAGGUGCGGGUCAUGCAAGAGGUCUUUGAUGUCAGGACCUUGGCGGGGCAAGCCGUGAACCAGCGCAUGGCAGCAGCCAUUGUGGAGCAGGAGCGGUCACCGUUGGAGUUGAAUGCCAAGGACCCCUUGCAGCUCCAGGUGGAGCGUUUGGCGGCAGCGAUCAAGGAGAUCUUCAUUGACAGGCGUGAGGCUCGGAUGAGCCAUACGCCUCGCUGGUUGAUCUUUGGGCGGCUGGCGCGAGGCUUGGCAAGGAGCCUCGAUGGAUCCUGCCAGAUUGUGCUGGCGGAUACCUCGCUUGAGCGCCUGAGCGAAGGUCCUUGGAAAGGCGUGACUUGCAUCCUACUUCCCGUGCCAGAGGCCCUCCACACAAACCCAGAGUUGGCGUCUCCGGCGCUCUUCGACUUGGUCGUGGCGGCGGAGCCCAUGGGCUAUGUGGACCUCUCGGAGUAUUCCUCUGCCUUGCGGCCCUUCAUUCGGCGACGUGCCAAAGAGGACGAGCGGAAGCUGGAUCAGGUGCAGCUGCUUUGCGUGGAGCGGAGGGAACGCCUGGAGGAUGCCCGGGACGAGCUUUACAGUGCUGGGUACUACUUGGCAGAUCACGAUGAGGCCCGGCCGCAGCUGCGGAGCGCCGUGCUCCAGGCAGGCCAUGACGUGUCUCUUCUAGCUCUCCCUUCAGCCGAAAAGGAGCAGCGGAAAGCAAAAGAACAACGGGAGGCACAAGAACGGAAAGCCCAACGGGAAGCAGUGGAGGUUGCGCAGGCUGAGCAAGAAGAAGAGGAGAUGGUGCAGAAAACGGUUCUGCAGACUACCCUCUUUGAUCCAGUCUUGAUGACCCCGGAGGAACGGGUACUUCCAGUGGCCUAUGAAGUGGGCAAGCCCUCAGCCGAACUCCUUUUGGUGUGGCUGCCGGGCAACACGGAGGCGGCGGAGACUUGGUCGGCCGCUGCACGGGCCGUGGAGGGCGAGAGUGCGUCAGGUUUGCGGAUCAUGGUCACUGAGAGACCUGCAGGUGGGUGGCAUUCUUGGAGCGACAAGGCCACAGUGGCACGGGGCAUGGAAUGGUACGAAAUGCAUGAUAUGCCGACUGAUGAGGCCAUCGCCCAAGCUGCCAAGGACCCGGCGACGAACCUCUCCUUUGGCCGUCCCAGCGUGGAGGAGCUCCAGUGCAUGCAAGAGAUUGAGGUGGGUUGCAAGCAGCUCUUCAAUUUGCUCCAAGCGGAGGUGGCAAAGCAUCCGAAGACCAAGGUGAUCUUAGGCGGCUUCUCGCAGGGAGGAGCCACAGCAGCUUUUGCCACUUUGUCUGGUGCUGCUCCUCCAGAGGUGCAAGAACGGCUCAUUGCGCUGGUUCCCUGCUGCUGCGCCGUGCCUGGUUUCCAAUUCUUGGCCUCGAAGAUGCAGGCUGCGUGCCUGCGGAGGAGAGACCUGCCGGAGGAAUCGCCCUUUCCAUCUGUGCACUUGAUGUACUGCCGGAACGAUUUGGAGGUGUCUGACCACUAUGUCCAGACCAUUCUGGGGCUUUGCAACAGGUUCGAGCAUGCAGCCCAGUUACAAAGCUUUGAGGUGAACAUCCAGGAGCAGCUUCCUGGGGGGCCACGACCUGUGCCUGGAAGACCCGAUGUGUGGUGGCCACGUCUAGUGACGCAGGCACUGAAGGCAGCAAGCCGCUGAGUUGGGCGAGGUGUCCAUCUUCAAGCCCGAACCGUGAAAGCAGGCGGAUAGUACUGCUGCCACCAAGAAGCGUGGCAACAGAAUCUGAGGA